AUGAAGCCUCCAGGUGUGGUGCCAGCAACAGUCCUCAAAGGCCAGUUGCUGUUGCUGCCCCUGCUGCUGCUCUUGGGACCACAGGCCUCCCAUGGUCUGUUCAUCAUGCCCCCGGGCCCAGAACUUGUCCUCAAUAUCUCCAGCACCCUCACUCUGACCUGCUUGGGCUCAGCUCCAGUGGUAUGGGAACGGUUGUCCGAGAAGCCCCUGCAGGAAGUGGUCAAGACCCAGGAUGGAAACUUCUCCAGCAUGCUGAUGCUGACCAAUGUCACUGGGCUAGACACAGGAGAAUACUUUUGCACCUACAAUGACUCCCACGGGCUGGAGUCCAGUGAGCGAAAGCGGCUCUACAUCUUUGUGCCAGAUCCCACCAUGGGCUUCCUUCCUAUCAACCCUGAUGACUCGUUCAUCUUUGUCAUGGAAGUAUCUGAAAAGACAAUCCCAUGCCGGGUGACAGACCCACAGCUGGUGGUGACACUGCAUGAGAAGAAAGUGGACAUCCCACUGCCCUUCCCCUAUGACCACCAACGUGGCUUCUCUGGUAUCUUUGAGGACAAGACCUAUGUCUGCAAAACCACCAUCGGGGACAGAGAAGUGGAUUCUGACACCUAUUAUGUCUACAGCCUCCAGGUGUCAUCCAUCAAUGUCUCGGUGAAUGCAGUGCAGACUGUGGUCCGCCAGGGCGAGAACAUCACCGUCAUGUGCAUUGUGACCGGAAGCGAGGUUGUCAGCUUUGGGUGGACAUACCCUCGCAUGGAGAGUGGGCGGCUGGUGGAGCCAGUGACGGACUUCCUCUUUGAUGUGCCCUCCCACAUCCGCUCCAUCUUGCACAUCUCCAACGCCGAGCUGGGCGACUCAGGGACUUACCUCUGCAAUGUGUUGGAGAGUGUGAACGAGCGUCAGGAUGAAAAGGCCAUCAAUAUCACUGUGGUCGAGAGCGGCUAUCUGCGGCUGCUGGAAGAGCUGGACCCUGUACAAUUCGCGGAUCUGCACCGGAGCCGCACACUGCGGGUGGUGUUCGAGGCCUACCCACCGCCCACGGUCAUGUGGUUCAAGGACAACCGCACCCUGGGUGACACCAGCACUGGCGAGAUCUCCCUGUCCAUGCGCAAUGUGUCCGAGACCCGGUACAUAUCAGAACUGACACUGGUGCGGGUGAAGGUGGCCGAGGCUGGCCGCUACACCAUGCAGGCCUUCCAUGAGGACGCUGAGGCCCAGCUCUCCUUCCAGCUGCAGGUCAACGUCCCUGUCCGUGUGCUAGAGCUGAGCGAGAGCCACCCAGCCAGCGGGGAGCAGACAGUCCGCUGUCGUGGUCGGGGCAUGCCCCAGCCACACCUCACCUGGUCUACCUGCAGUGACCUCAAGAGGUGUCCACGCGAGCUGCCACCCACACCCCUGGGGAACAGUUCCGAGGAGGAGAGCCAGCUGGAGACUAACGUGACAUAUUGGGCAGAAGAGCAGGAGUUCGAGGUGGUGAGCACGCUGCGCCUGCAACGCGUGGAUCAGCCGCUGUCCGUGCGCUGCACGCUGCGCAACCUGCUGGGCUACGAUGCACAGGAGGUCACCGUGGUGCCACACUCACUGCCCUUCAAGGUGGUGGUGAUCUCGGCCAUCCUGGCCCUAGUGGUCCUCACUGUCAUCUCCCUCAUCAUCCUCAUCAUGCUCUGGCAGAAGAAGCCACGUUAUGAGAUCCGCUGGAAGGUGAUCGAGUCAGUGAGCUCCGAUGGACAUGAGUACAUCUACGUGGACCCCAUGCAGCUGCCCUACGACUCCACAUGGGAGCUGCCGCGGGACCAGCUCGUGCUUGGACGCACCCUCGGCUCUGGGGCCUUUGGGCAGGUGGUGGAGGCCACGGCACAUGGCCUGAGCCAUUCUCAGGCCACGAUGAAGGUGGCUGUCAAGAUGCUGAAAUCCACAGCCCGUAGCAGUGAGAAGCAGGCCCUCAUGUCGGAGCUGAAGAUCAUGAGUCAUCUGGGGCCCCACCUGAACGUGGUCAACCUGCUGGGGGCCUGCACCAAAGGAGGACCCAUCUACAUCAUCACUGAGUACUGCCGCUAUGGCGACCUGGUGGACUACCUGCACCGCAACAAGCACACCUUCCUGCAACACUGCUCCGACAAGCGCCACCCACCCAGCGCUGAGCUCUACAGCAAUGCCCUGCCCAUCGGGCUCCCUCUGCCCAGCCAUGUGUCCGUGACUGGGGAGAGUGACGGUGGCUACAUGGACAUGAGCAAGGAUGAGUCGGUGGACUACGUACCCAUGCUGGACAUGAAAGGGGACGUCAAAUAUGCAGACAUCGAGUCCUCUAACUACAUGGCCCCUUACGACAACUACGUCCCCUCUGCUCCCGAGAGGACAUGUCGGGCAACUUUGAUCAACGAGUCCCCAGUGCUUAGUUACAUGGACCUUGUGGGCUUCAGCUACCAGGUCGCCAAUGGCAUGGAGUUCCUGGCCUCCAAGAACUGUGUCCACCGAGACCUGGCGGCCAGGAACGUGCUGAUCUGCGAGGGCAAGCUGGUCAAGAUCUGUGACUUCGGCCUGGCUCGUGACAUUAUGCGAGACUCAAACUAUAUCUCCAAAGGCAGCACCUUCCUGCCUCUCAAGUGGAUGGCCCCCGAGAGCAUCUUCAACAGCCUCUACACCACCCUGAGUGACGUGUGGUCCUUUGGGAUCCUGCUCUGGGAGAUCUUCACCCUGGGUGGCACCCCUUAUCCGGAGCUGCCCAUGAACGAGCAGUUCUACAAUGCCAUCAAGCGAGGUUACCGCAUGGCCCAGCCUGUCCACGCAUCAGACGAGAUCUACGAGAUCAUGCAGAAGUGCUGGGAAGAGAAGUUUGAGAUCCGGCCCCCCUUCUCCCAGCUGGUACUGCUUCUUGAGAGACUGCUGGGCGAGGGCUACAAAAAGAAGUACCAGCAGGUGGACGAGGAGUUCCUGAGAAGUGACCACCCAGCCGUCCUUCGCUCCCAAGCCCGUUUGCCGGGAUUCCAUGGCCUCCACUCCACCCUGGACACUAGCUCCGUCCUCUACACUGCUGUGCAGCCCAACGAGGGUGACAAUGACUAUAUCAUUCCCCUGCCUGAUCCCAAACCCGAGGUUGCUGAUGAGGGGCCAUUGGAGGGCUCCCCUAGCCUUGCAAGCUCCACCCUGAAUGAAGUCAACACCUCCUCCACCAUCUCCUGUGACAGUCCCCUGGAGCCCCAAGAGGAGCCAGAGCUGGAACCUCAGCCCCAGGAUGAGCUGGAGCUGGAGCCGGAGCCGGAGCCACGGCCAGAGCAGCCACUGGGUCCAGGCUGCCCAGGGCCUCGGGCUGAGGCAGAGGACAGCUUCCUGUAGGGGCUGGCCCCGACCCUGCCUGCCUGAAUCUCCCCCUCUACCUCCCAGCACCCAGCGCCUCCUGGCCUGUCCUGGCCCGGCCUCCUGCCAGGCUGCCCCAUCAGCUGCCCUCUUCUGGAAAGCUUCUGCCCCUGGCACGUUGCGCCCCAACCCCAGGGGCUAAGGUGGCAAGAGAACCGCAGGGGCCAUGACCAGCCCUCUUCCCCUGGGGAGGCCACAUGACUCUGAGCCAGGGUGCCCCCCGGGGCCAGAGUUUCUCCAUCUCUAAGAAGGGAAGUUUGGACUUGGUGACCACAAUCUGCGAUUGUCUCUCUGGCUGGCAAGUGGGGAAACUGGAAUCCCUGGGGAGCUUCUUGG